GCAGUUGGCAGCAUUUAACUCUCCAUAGUGUCAAAAGCUACGGAAGAUCCUGGCGUGUCACUCAGGAGACUGGAGCCAAUGAAUGCCUGGUAGGAGCUCUCUAACUGGCUCUGCCUCCCUCUGCAAACAUUGGAUUUAAACCUGCUCAGAAUUCAGCACGGAAGGAAGCAGCCAAAGGCGAGCGGGCUCCAGACGACUGCAGCUUCCCCCCAAGAUGUAUCAUCCUGCCUGCUGGAUCGUCUUCACGGCCACCACUGCCCUGAUCUUCUUCCCAGGAGUGCCCGUGCGCAGCGGAGGAGAGGCCACCUUCCCUAAGGCGAUGGAUAACGUGACCGUCAGGCAAGGGGAGAGCGCCAUCCUCAGAUGUACCGUGGACAACAGGGUCACACGAGUAGCUUGGCUGAACCGUAGCACUAUCCUUUACGCCGGGAACGAUAAGUGGUCAAUAGACGACCGGGUGGUUAUCGUCUCCAACACCAAAACUGAGUACAGCAUCAAGAUCUUUAACGUGGACAUAUAUGACGAAGGCCCUUACACCUGCUCCGUACAAACCGACAAUCAUCCAAAGACAUCGCGAGUCCAUCUCAUCGUUCAAGUCCCUCCACAGAUUAUAAACAUCUCCAGAGACAUCACAGUCAAUGAAGGCAGCAGCGUAACCCUCCUGUGCUUGGCCUUUGGGAGACCGGAGCCAACGGUGACCUGGAGGCAUUUGUCUAGCAAAGGCCGGGAGUUUCUAAGUGAAGAUGAAUACUUGGAGAUCACAGGGAUCACCAGGUACCAAUCUGGGGACUAUGAAUGCAGUGCUGCUAAUGAGGUCGCAAUACCGGAUAUCCGGAGGGUAAAAGUCACCGUAAACUACCCUCCGUCCAUCUCCAACGCCAAGAACACAGGAGCCUCGGUCGGCCAAAAGGGGAUCCUGCGCUGCGAAGCCUCUGCUGUCCCCGUAGCAGAAUUUCAGUGGUUCAAAGAAGAAACCAGAUUAGCUAAUGGACUGGAUGGUGUGAGAAUCGAGAACAAAGGUCGGAUGUCUACGCUAACCUUCUUCAACGUUUCAGAGAAGGAUUACGGCAACUACACCUGCGUGGCCAUCAACAAGUUGGGGAACACCAAUGCCAGUAUAAUACUGUAUGAACUAAGUGAACCUCCAACAUUGGCAGGCCCCGGAGCAGUACACGACGGGAACAACUCUGCAUCCAGAGAGAUGAUUUCCCUCUGGCUAUCAGGCACCCUGUUUGCUCAUUUCCUCCUCAAGUUUUGAUAAGAAAAGUGAGGGUCCUUGCAUUCGAUGCCUGGCUUCUCCCACACAACAGACUUUUAACCAUCCACACUGCUGGGGGAGGGAGGGGGUUAAAAAAAAGUAAAGAAAAAAAACCCACACAAAGUCUACAGCUUGAAUAUACUGCCGGGAGGGGGCACGGGGAGGGGGAGGGGAACUGGGUUCCAAGUCAACCGCCCAUUAAGGAUUUUUCAAUUACGGGCAUUUCACAAAGCAGAAUUGUUUUCAUUUCUUUCCCUGCCCCUCAAACCCUAUUUAUGAAUAACCAGCCUCUCAUUCUACAGUCAAGUGCUUCUCAGCUGAGCCUGUGAAAUGCCCUGGGAAACGUGUCUUGGUCUGAGAGACGACACACAGUGGAAAGUUAAAACGAGUAAAACAAAAAAAAAAAGUGUCCUAUUAUUAUCUCUGUGUCUCUUGAGCAAAAGGAUUGUUCUUUCUACUUGUUACACUGUACAUAACUGUUCAUGUUUCUAACUGUCCGAUUACAAUCUGGUUUCAUUUCGCUUCAGUCUGGGCGGACGUUUCAAUUGGGUUCCCAUCCCGUCAGUCAAUGCUUCCCCCCUGCCCUGUGGGUUAUAUUGGAAGUCUGGGGGCUGGAGCUGACACUGCCGAGCCAGUUUCGUCCUUAGACAUAAACAGUGAGUCAGCCAACCGGUGCGAGGGAAGACGGGGAGCUGGCCCUGUUCCAUAGAAGCCUAAAGUUAGAGGGACUCGUCAAUGUAGAUAAAUAGACAGAAUGGUGAGUCGCGCGCCUCCCAUUUAUCAGAAUAAUCAUGCUGCCGUUCUGCCCAUUCACCCAUCCAUCUAAUUAUCCAUCCAUCUGCCUUUCCAGUAAUCUAUUUGCCAUAUUUAUCAAUCAAUCAAUGUAAUUAUCUAUGCUGAGGGUUUUUUUU